AUGGGUGUCCGACACAAUAUCAUGGUGACUGUGAUAGAUGCCGACAGCCAUCUCUCGUCCAGCUACUUCACUAGCAUCACCGACAUGCAUUACGCUCACCCCGAGACCUCUGCAACGACCCUGUAUGCCGCUCCAAUCAUAUUCGACCGCAACGCACAUAAUGUUCCCGCCAUUGUUCGCGUUGCCGACAUUAUGUGGUGUGCCGCGGGCAUGUCAGGGCUUUAUCAAGGCUCAACUAUUGCUCCGCCAACUUCGGUAUAUUCGCUACCGCUGACCCUAGUGGACCGCGUGGGCGGGUGGGAUUGCGAUGCUGAGGCCAUUGGCGAAGAUUUACACAUGUACAUCAAAUGCUUCUUCGCGUUGAACGGUAAUCUGACCAGCCGCACUGUCCUGAGCCCCGUCAGUCAGAGCAACGUCGUGGGAGGUGGCAGCGGAGGCAUUCACGCGACUGUGGCUGACAUUAAAGCCCGUUAUAAGCAGGCUCUUCGUCAUAUGUGGGGAGCAUUAGAUACAGGAUUCGCCAUGCGCCAAGCUGUCGAGAUGUGGAAAGAGCGCCAGUGUACAACGAGAACCUUCCGGCCUCUUCACAACCAAGGUGCCCAUGCGAGCUUAUACAGUCCCGACAUCGAUUUCAGGAGUGGCGAGGAGGUAUCCUGCGAGAAUGACUUUUUCUCAGACCUGACUCAAGGCAGCCUCCGAGAGCCUCAUUGGGAGAAAAUCUUUUAUCUCUUCCACCGUCUGUUCGAGGCGCAUUUUCUGCCUGUUCACAUGACGAUUCUGGUGUUUGCAUCUUCGUUGUAUGUCUUGUUUGCUGAGGGGAAUGGAGAUCCCCACAACAUUGCCUGGACAUUCAGUGCAUCGAGCACGUUGAGGAUCAUGGGCUUCUUGGGCGUUGCAAGUUAUUUGUUCCUAUACGAGAGCUUUCACCGGAUCGGAGUGGCGGCUCGCGAGAGGGAGAUGACCAAGGCAAAUUUGGCGGGCGGCAUGUGCUUCUCUCAUCGACGCAUCAAGAGGAACUAUAUCGAUUACGUCCUCGUACCCAUCGUGGCCCCUUUAUACGGAGCCAUACCAUGCGCCCAAGCCGAAAUAUCGCAUCUUUGGACAGUAAAUUUAGCCUACAGUGUCAGCAGGAAGGCGGCGCGACAGACGGCAAUCUAA